UUCAAAACUACUUCUUCUAUUAUCAAUUUUAGUAGUUAUAUGUAUAAUAUGUAUAAGUAGAGAAAGAACAAAAUUAAAAUACAUAUAUAAAGAUUAGAAGGAAGUUCUAGCUAGCUUAAGAAGCUAGAAAAAAAUGAGUACAGCUAGAUUUAUCAAGUGUGUGACUGUAGGAGAUGGGGCUGUGGGAAAGACUUGCAUGCUCAUUUCCUACACUAGCAAUACCUUUCCACCGGACUAUGUUCCGACAGUGUUUGACAAUUUCAGUGCUAAUGUGGUGGUAGAUGGUAGUAUAGUUAAUCUCGGAUUAUGGGACACAGCUGGGCAGGAAGAUUAUAACAGGCUCAGGCCACUGAGUUACAGAGGAGCUGAUGUGUUUUUAUUAGCUUUUUCUCUUGUAAGCAAGGCCAGUUAUGAGAACACCUACAAAAAGUGGAUUCCUGAGCUAAAACAUUAUGCUCCAACUGUGCCAAUUGUGCUUGUAGGAACCAAGUUAGAUUUGAGAGAAGACAAGCAAUACUUGAUUGAUCAUCCAGGAGCAACACCAAUAACAACAGCUCAGGGCGAGGAACUGAAGAAAAUGAUCGGUGCGGUAACUUACAUAGAGUGCAGUUCCAAAACUCAACAGAAUGUGAAGGCUGUGUUUGAUUCUGCAAUAAAAGUAGUUUUGCGACCACCAAAACCAAAGAAGAAGAAGCCACGCAAGGAAAGAACAUGCACUUUCCUGUAGUUGACUGAAAUUGCAAAAAAGUACAAGACUUUGUCAAAAAUAUACAGUUUUUUCCUUCUUGAAAUAACAUUUUCAAUACGAAUUUCCCUUUUGGAGCCAUGGAGAUACAUAUAACUUCAAUUGUCUGUAGACUAAGUGUAAUUUAUUUCGUGCAACUAAUAUAAGAUCACUUAUAUUUGCAAAACAGGUAAUCGUAUCUGCUGGUUAAAUAAUAAAA